CUAGGACGAGAUCUCCGCCGUUGGAUUUGGUUUUGGGGAACUUCUUUGUAGGGCCCAAAAUGACGAGGGGAUCGAGAACUUGUGUCUCAUGGAGUUCGAGGAAUAUACUAUGGCUAUGGCGCUGAAGGACUAGAGAAAAAAAAUGCAAUGAUUAGAUUGGAGGAGUUGAGCAUCCAAAAUUCUACUUGUUUAUGGCCAUGAGCAUCCAAAACGUUGUGCUUUACUGGGUAGCUGCAUUCUGGUUCAUUGGGUCUUGGAUGAUUCCUUUUGCAACUCACAUGACAGUGUUCAGCAAGGAAUCUCUAACUUUCAGAGGACAAGCCUUGUUUCACCUUAUAAUUGAAGCAACUGAAGGCCUUGCUGGGAUUGCAACACGCCAGCGCUGUCUGUCUCAGUUUCAUCCCCUUCCAUCAGAUUGGUUUAAAUUUAGCUUGAGAGGGCAGUGGCAUUUUAAUGUUGUGCUAGGAUGCCUCAUGUUUCCUGUUGUCAACCGAUUAUCACAGUUCAACCUCAACUUGUUGUCCCUUAUGCCUUCUGCACCUGUAACCCUUACAGAGCACGCGGUACAUCAAUGCUCCACGACUCUUAUAAUAGUGCAUGUGGGAGUGGUUUGAUUACAAAAACAAACAUGUUAGCUUUUGCAACAUCCUUAGUCAUCCGACAUUGAUCCAUCUCUCAUGUACAUGAUCGUCGAGCACUGUAUAAAAAUCAAAUGGUGCAACUGAUAUUUUCACAUCUUUGUCUUAUUUUUCCAUUGAAGACCCUUAUUUCUAACUAACUACAAAGUAAAUAUACGAGAUCAAUA